GCAGCAUCGGCCUGUGAGCUAAUCACAGCGUGCCUGCCGUAAAGUGUGGCGUUGAGGGUCAUCAUGACCAGUUUAUUUUGUUCAUUUGUAUAAGUUUCUAGGUAAUUGUCGACGAAGACAGCGACGCAGUCAUGUCAAAUCCUGCCCUGCUCGUUCUGUACGGGAGUCAGACCGGGACAGCUCAGGACACGGCACAGAGGCUUGCCCGGCAGGCACAGAGACGGCGGCUGCGGGUCCGAGUGAUGCCACUGGACGACUACAAUGUGGCCAACCUGAUCACCGAGUCUCUGGUCGUCUUUGUUUGCUCCACUACUGGUCAGGGAGAUCCUCCCGACAACAUGAAGAAUUUCUGGCGGUUCCUCUUUAAGAAGUCUUUACCUGUCGGCUCUCUGAGUCAGCUCGACUGCGCCAUCCUGGGCCUGGGAGACUCCUCGUAUCCAAAGUUCAACUUUGUGGCCAAGAAGCUCCAUAAGCGCCUCCUGCAGCUUGGUGCCUGCGUGCUGCUGCCCGUGGGGCUGGCUGAUGACCAGCAUGACCUCGGAGCGGACGCUGUGAUCGACCCCUGGUUUGCUUCGUUUUGGGGGAAAGUGUCGACUCUUUACCCGACUCUGUCCGGCAUGAUGCCGCUGAGGGAAGACGAGCCACUUCCUCCAACCUACACGUUCCACUUCCUGGACGACAUGCAAGAGAAGGAGGAGGUCCAGCUGAGGAUUCCCAUGGAUCAAACUGUCCCCUCCCAGUCUCACCCAUUUCCUGCCAGAAUGGUGUUCAACAGGAGGGUGACGGAGCCGUCGCACUUCCAGGACGUCAGGCACAUUGAGUUAGACGUCACUGGGUCCAACAUUGAGUUUGCUGCCGGUGACGUGGUGAUGAUGCGCCCAUGUAACGCCCCUGAGGAUGUGCAGCAGUUCUGCCAGCUGCUGAAAUUGGACCCAGAGACCCGGUUCACUCUCAGCCCCACACACAACACUGCAGUCCCAGCCAGGCUUCCUCAGCCCUGCACGGUGCGCCACCUGGUGGAGAGUUACCUGGAUAUCGCCGCUGUGCCUCGCCGCUCCUUCUUCGAGCUGCUGUCCACCUUCGCCACCAACAAGCUGGAGCGGGAGAAGCUGGCCGAGUUCAGCUCAGCGGCGGGCCAGGAUGAGCUGCAUAACUACUGCAACCGACCCCGACGCACCAUGCUGGAGGUCCUGGCAGAUUUCCCUCACACCACAGCAGAACUCAAAGUGGACUAUCUCCUGGACCUUUUCCCUGAGAUCCAGCCUCGCUCCUUCUCCAUCGCCUCCUCUCUGCGGGCCCACCCAAACAGGAUUCAGGUCCUGGUGGCUGUUGUUUGCUACAAAACCAAACUGUAUAAACCUCGAAAAGGCCUCUGCUCCUCCUGGUUAGCCUCUCUGGAUCCUGCACAAGGCGAUGUGUAUGUGCCUUUGUGGGUGAAGAAGGGAAGUCUGAAGUUCCCCUCAGACAAGGAGACCCCGGUGAUCAUGGUGGGACCUGGAACAGGAGUGGCCCCCUUCAGAUCGGUGUUACAGGAGAGGACCGCUGAGGGGAGAACUGCUAACGUCCUCUUCUUCGGCUGCCGCUCCAAGUCCAAAGACUUCUACUUCAGGACAGAGUGGGAGGAGAUGAUGGAGGCUGGAUUCCUCACCCUCUUCACGGCCUUCUCUCGAGACCAGGAGGCAAAGGUGUAUGUGCAGCACCGUGUGAGGGACAAUGGUGAGCUCCUGUGGGACCUGAUCGCCAAUAAAAACGCCUGUUUUUACAUCGCUGGCAACGCUAAACAGAUGCCAGCCAGUGUGUGCGACGCCCUCAAAGAGGCGUUCCAGCAGGCGGGAGGUGUGUCCGCUGAAGAAGCCAAGCAGAUGCUGGCGACCAUGGAGAAGACGGGUCGGUUUCAGAGCGAGACCUGGUCGUGAUCGCUCGGCCCCAACAACCUUUUGACUACACUGGGAUCCGUCCAGCUGUCAGAAUCAACUUAUUCCAACAAAUGAAAGAAUAACCAAAAGUCUGUUUGACGCUCUCUUAAUAGAACGAGAUCAUUUCACCCCACAGAAAGUUCACACUUUGGCUCUGUUUGUGGGUUUGGAUGCUUUUAGGGUUGGGCUUUAGCUUCAUCUGCAUAUUUUCUACACACUACUUUAAAAACCUGAACAGGCUGCUUUGCUUUGAGCUAAGUCGACUGUUAUUGUGACGCAGCCGCAGAGAUGUGCUGCAGUAGAUCAUUGGACCAGUUUCCUUAAUUCUUUCUACUGCGUUGGCCUGCUGUGGAAACCCAAACCAAAUCUGGUGCUUCCUACACUUUCAUUCAUGAGAAGUCUCUGGAGGUCAUGAUGAAAAACCUCACUGAUCCCCCAACAUAUGAAUCAUUUUAAAGUCAAGCAGUAGAAGAUCUAAACCCUGAUCCGUGAACGACGUACCCAAUAGUUUUUAGCUUUUUCUGUGGAAGAGUACUGUAGUCACCACACAGUCGCUGGUGUACAGCAUCACUGAAUAUUACCCAAUAACAGGGACAGAGAGGAUUGCAUCUCACAACUGGAAUCAAGUUACAGAAACAGUUUAAGGAACAAGUCGCUCUUCUCCUCCUUCCUGCCUCCAUUUCUGAUCGUCUGUGACAUCAGGAGAAUCUCAGCAGGUGGUGAUCACAAUAUUUCAUCACAUCAGUUUGCCUGAUUGCAUCUAACCUGUAUGAAAUCAUUUGGCGUGAACUUUUAGUCAGAUAAACCCUUUGAGAACUGUAUGCACUGCAGAUAAAGGGCAUGUUCAUUCCUCCUGAACAGGAGUUAUAAUGGUAAUCUGUGAAGUAUUUAUUGCCUUUCUUGAGCUUUAUUAAGUGUGUUGACCAGAAAGUAAAACCAAGUAAACAGUGUUGCCUUAAAGUACGUCAGUGAGGUCCUAAACUCUUAAAUGAAGCUAUAAGCAUUCAGUAAAAUACGUCACAAUAAACUGUCUGGAUCUGAAAACUC